UACAGAAGUGAGAGUGUUGCACCAAGAGGGGAAGGUGCUUAUUCACCUUUAUUCCCGGGUCCCUGCUCCAGCAGAUCGGUCUGACCUGCCCCCGUCAGGUGCUACAGCUUGGUACAGCAAUGGAGCCGGCUUUUGGGGAAGUUAACCAGCUAGGAGGGGUGUUUGUGAAUGGGAGACCUCUGCCCAAUGCCAUCAGGCUGCGGAUUGUGGAGCUAGCCCAGCUUGGGAUCAGGCCCUGUGACAUCAGUAGGCAGCUGCGAGUAUCCCAUGGAUGUGUCAGCAAAAUACUGGCUCGUUAUAAUGAGACUGGAUCCAUCCUGCCAGGAGCCAUUGGUGGCAGCAAACCCCGAGUAACCACCCCGACGGUGGUAAAACACAUCAGGACCUACAAACAGAGGGACCCUGGUAUCUUUGCCUGGGAGAUCAGGGACAGACUGUUGGCAGAUGGGGUGUGUGACAAAUACAAUGUGCCCUCAGUCAGCUCUAUCAGCAGGAUUCUCCGAAAUAAGAUUGGAAAUCUCUCCCAACAAAGUCAUUAUGACACCCAUAAACAGCAUCACCACCCUACAGCCGCCUCUGCCCUCCAAUACAACCACAUCUACUCCUAUCCCAAUCCUAUGGCUGCAGGGGGCAAGGUGCCCACACCUCCUGGCAUGUCCUCUAUACCCUGCACCAUGGCCAUGCCCCGGACCUGGCCCUCCUCACACUCUGUCACAGAUAUACUGGGAAUUAGGUCCAUCACAGACCAAGACACAUCGCCCUACCACAGCCCCAAGCUGGAGGAGUGGAGCAACCUAGGCAGGAGCAGCUUCGCCUCCACCCAGCACAUGAUGAAUGGACUGGAGAAGGGCUCCCUUGAGCAGGAGGUGAAGUACAGCCAGACAGCCAGUGGUUUACCAACAGUCGGUAGUUUUGUGGCAGCUUCAGGCAUGACUCCAUACCCAACUGCUGCCCCUGUAUCCCCAUAUAUGGCAUAUGGCACAGCAGCACCCACAGGCUAUGUGACAGGACACGGAUGGCAGCACACCGGGGGCACCCCACUGUCGCCUCACAACUGUGACAUCACUGCAUCACUUGCAUUCAAAGGCAUGCAGACAGCGCGAGAAGCAGAAGAAACAAAAGUAAGCAUUCAACCACGCAAAUCCCAACAGUCCUACCACAUAUCCCAACGCCAUGGGACAGUUCAUAUGUCAAGUGCGUAGAAACCAUGGACAGACUCUGUGCACUAAUAUACCAAUCUCAUGUAAAACAUUCCAAGGUCUAUUAAACUAUCGUAUAAAGAAUUGGAACAUCGAACAACCACAUGGAUCAUAACUUGGACACCUCACUCACUUGGAUUUGUGGUCAGCAUGAUCGAUAUACACCUAGUGGACAUACUGUGAAAGACUCUUCUCAAGAUUCAUGGAACCACAUUUCUGCACCUUGUAAUGGAAUUUUAAGUAGGAUACUUUCCAGCUGAACUACCACAAAAAAAAAACAACUUCCAGUUACCCUUAACUCAGAGUCUAUUGCCUUCAUAAAACUUGCCUUUAUAAAACUUGUGGUUUGUAGCUUUCAAAAAAAUUAAGGAGCUCCCACACAAAGAAACCUGAACUUAAUGUGAACAGGAAAUGAAGGGAUGUUGGACUUGUACCUCAUGCUGUGUAGAGCUUUGCAGAUCUUCAGCAGCUAAAUAUGGGGUCAACGGGUUUUAAACCCAAACUACACAAAGGAUUAUGGUCGCUCAAAGUGAUCGAGCCAGAUGUGAUCUGGGAGACUUGUUCAUCAAAUUCAAAAUUUACCAUCUUUUAUUAGUACAUGUAACUUGUCUUGGUCAAUGUCUGUUAGAAGAAUACGUACAUGUAUGAUAAAUGGAACACACAAACAAUAUUUAAACAGGAAAUGUGAAAACAUGUUAUGUCAUUGUAAAAAUGUUGAUUAUUAUGGUCCAUUUUAACUAUAACAA